AGUCCGCAAGGGCCUGCCGUCUCCAGGGCAGACGUCGGGGCCACUUCUUUGCCCGGCAGGGGCGCUUUGGCACUCCUCCCAUCCCUCUGCUGCUGGCCGUCUGCGGCCACGACACUCUGACGUAGGGGGCUCGGGGCUCCUGCGCACGUGCUGAAGGAAGGAAUCCACUCGCUUCUCUCCACCCACACCUGUCCACGCAUCCCGUCGCCCCGCAGCAACCGGCACGGAGCGCGGGUCGUGAGGAGGCGCCGCCGUCCGGCCUGGGGCCCCAGCGCAGGAUGAGCGGCGGCUCGGCGCCUAGGUCUCGGGAGGCAGCCGCGACGCCGCGCUCCAAGCAGAGGGCCGGGGGAGGACCGGGCGCCUCUGCUGACCCCCGCCGGCAGCCCGCAUCUCCGGGCGGCGGUGUCGCGGGACCCUGGGCCGGGGCUCCGCGCGCCCCUCGCCCCGCCGGACCAGGGCCAGCCUGGGCUCCCGCCCCUCCCCAGGCUCCGCCCCAGUCCGCCCAGGCUCCGCCCCGGUCCGCCCAGGCUCCGCCCCACCCCGGCCCGAGACGCGUCCGCCGCGCGCAGCUGCCCAGGCGUGGCGCUGCAGGGUGGACGCAUCAACUCGCACCCAGAGGUGGGAACCACUGGCCAGGCCCUGACCAGCUCUCUGCACCCUAGAGGCUUCAGCCCCACCAAGACUCGCCCUUUACCCUCCCCUAACCGCAGCCCCAGACGAGCCUGGCCACUGCCCUCCAUGGGGCUGUGCUUCUGGGUGACAUCAGAGCCCUGCCGCCUGCCUCUGGCCGCUGGCCUGUGAAGGAGCCUGGUCCCCAGCCCCUAGGUGCCACAGCAUGCAGCCCCCGGAGAGCAGCGUCCAUUACAGCAAGUGGGAUGACAGCAGCAGGGACGAGGUCAGCAUGGCUGCUGUGUCCAGCACAGAGGAGGCCUCCUGCAGCAGGAGGAUCGCCCGGAAGCUGUGCACGGGCAAGCUGGGGAAGGCCAUGAAGGUGCUGGGCGGAGUGGCCCUCUUCUGGGUCAUCUUCAUCCUGGGCUACGUCACGGGCUACUAUGUGCACAAGUGCAAAUAAACGCUGCCCACCUC